CACCUGUGACCGACGCUAUCUUAUCAACAAUCUUCCGUUUCACAAAUUUAGGAAAUGCGCCACUGACGGACGCCACGAUCUCUCCACUCUCCAGUCUCCGGGAAACGGGGGGGUAACGAGUAGCGAGAGGGUAAUGGAACAACCCGACUCGCGUUUCUGCUUCGCUCUGCUCCAAAACUCGUUCUCCUCGUCGUCGUCGUCGCCGUCCACCUCCGCCGUCUACAUCGCGCGGUCGCGGUGCAGCACAAUGCGCGAGAGUGAGCGCCGCUGAUUCCCGGGGAGACGGAAGCAUGGCACGUCCCAAGCAAAGAGCGAGCGCGGACGUGUGCGCCGACUGCGGGACCCUCGAGCCAGGAUGGGCAUCGAUCAACAGAGCUAUUUUAUUGUGCGACGAUUGCUGUGGGAUUCAUCGUAGUCUAGGGCGUCACGUGUCGCACAUCAAGUCGUUGCACAAGGGCGUUUGGAACCCGCACCUAUUGAACAUGGUGCAUACGUUGAGUGAUAACGGAGCUAACAGUAUUUGGGAACAUUCCCUGCUAGAUCCCAGCAACUCCAAGAUUAGUAGAAGGAAACCACAGCCUAAGGAUCCCUUACAUCCAGUGAAGGCAGAUUUUAUUAAGGCCAAGCAUCAACACUUGGCCUUUAUAUUACGGCCGAGCAAGGAGGAAAGUUGCACGGAGGAGGAACUCAAUAGACAGUUGCACAGUAGCGUUCGUACAAGUAAUUUAGAAACUUCGUUGAGGCUAUUGGCACAGGGAGCCAACCCCAAUUAUUUUUACAAGGAAAAAGGGACCACACCUUUACAUGUGGCAGCUCGUGCUGGGCAAGCUCUCCAAGUAGAACUUUUAAUAGCUAAUGGCGCAAACCCGAGUGUAGUUGAUCUAAGUGGACAAACGGCUGCUGAUAUCGCUAAAAUGUCAGGGCAUAUAGAUUUAUCUGAACGUAUAAUUGAAUGUAUGUACGAAGUAACAGAUAGGCUGACGUAUCACAUAUGCUCUCGUAAACCAAGUCAUCGAGGCGAUGAACAUCUCAUAAACUCCGAAUUGGCUUCUUUCUUGGAUAAAAAUGAGUUAACUUUGGAAGGAAGAAGCAGAUUACAAAUGUUGCCAAAUCAUUUGCUAGAGGAGUUAGCCAUGGAUGUUUAUGACGAGGUGGAUCGUCGGGAAACGGAAGCAAUCUGGUUUUCAACCGCAUCCCUCCCGGAGAAAUGUACUGUUCCAUUUCUGCCAGUUAAUCCACAAUUGUCGUCUACUAGAAACCAAGGAAGGCAAAAAUUAGCGAGAUUCACGCCGAAGGAAUUCACCACUCUUAUCGUAGAUUUACUGGUUGAGGCGGGUCGGAGGCAUAUGCUUGCUAAUAAUGCACUUCAAAAUCCCGCGGUAUCUAUGCUUCGCAAAGAGCAACUUGGUAGGCACGGGUCGCAAGUGUCUGACGAUGAACCUUUGUACGACAGUGUUGCAUCUGACGAUGAUUAUGCUGCUCUGACAUCUACAGAUAAUACUUCAUCUGACGUUUCAAACCAGCCUAAAACUAAUAAUGAGGAAACAUUUACACCAGUCGCUAAGGGUCUUCCGUCCAUGGUAGAAGUUUUGAAAAAACAAUUGACCCUGUCCGAAUCAACCGUACGAGAUCUCCGCGAGCAGGUACACACCCUGCAAACCACCGUCGAGCAACUCACUCGAGAGAACAACGAGCUGAAACAUAUGCUACAGGUCAAAGGUUCUGAUGGCAACAUGAACGGGCAUGUUGGUGGCGAACAGGAACCUGAAUUAGAACCGGUGCACGAUAUCAAAACGUCCACUGUACGUGGAAAUCAACGACCGGCAUCUAUGUACGAGACUAGAGAAGGCCUGCGGAAACCAGCGUCAUGGUCAACAACUAUUUGCCAGACGAAACGCGACACCGAGACAUUAUCGCGGAAUAACACGCAAAGCUUGUGGGAAUGUGGCGCGCCCAAUCUGCCGCCCAGCGAAGAGGUAACUCGCCGAACGGAACAAGUUACCAGGCGAAUCCAAGAGCUGUGGAUGGCUAUGCAAGAUCCAAGCCAGCGAGAAGCCUUUGUGCCUUGCGCCGAGAGGAUACGCGUUGCUGUUGCCGAAUUAACCGCUAUAUUUCCUCAGAAUCCAAUUGAGGAGAAUAUCAGGUCCGCCUUACGCCAGUUAAACGGCAAUACCGGGAGACUUCAAGCUGAGUGUUCCGGCCUUCAAAGAUGCACCAGUGAUGCCGAGCACAUGGAUCGUUGUUUGCAACAAGUACGUUCAUGCGCUUACGAUAUUGCCAAAGCAACCAAGUUACUUGUCACGCAAUUUCAAACAUAGAUUCUCUCAAUGUCACAGAAAAAGUAUCGAGAGAUGCCUGUAUCUCUUAUCGAGUCUAUUAGAUGUCUCUUUCUUUUCGAGUCGUAAUUACAUAGUUAUUGCAAUGCUUUAUAUACAUAUAUAUAUUUACUUAACAAUAAUAACAUUCAUUCAUUUAUUGUCUUUGUUAAGUUUAAUAAAUAUUGGAGCAGAAUCACUUUUUUUUAUUAUUAUUAAAGUAUUAAUUGCCAGAGUGGAUUACUAAAAGUAUACUCUAAAAUUAUUUAAGUAACUAUGUUUGAAUGCGAUCUAACAGAUAAGACAUGACAUUGUUUGAAUAGAUUAUCAAUAUAUAGUAUCAUGUAGUUAUGUAGUAUAUCGUUUAUAAUACCCGACAAAGACUGAAUAGCGGCAAACCAAUGAAUUCUACAUAUAUGCAGCUUAAGUUUACAAGUUUUGUCUAAUACGUAAGUCUUGCUUAGGCAAAAUUUUACAAAGGUAUGAACCUUAUCAUUGAAAUGUUUAACUGCAGUAGAAGCUCUAUUAUUUUGAAGGCUGGAAAAUUCCUUCUUAACGAAUAUCUUCACCACAUGCACAAUUCUAUUCAAUCACCAUUUAUGUGUCUGCAUAUAUCGUGUGCCAAAAUUUAUCGAGCUCUCAAUGCAUUAUCGAAAGAAUUUAAAUGUAUUUAUAGCAGUUUUCAAUCUGAGAUAACUUGUGUUAAACAUCAAAGAAAUUUUUUUUACAUUUGAUACAUCUGAGAUUUUAUCUUUAGCGUCAGUUAAACUACGUAAAAAUUAAGUUAACUUUCACACUGCCUUUCUAUGUUUUAAUGUUAAUUUAGCAACAAAAAUGUCGCAAUAACAUUAAAAUUAUAAUCUAAAUUUAUGAUCUAUAUCACUUUAUGAUGUGUUAUUA